UUCUUCAUCUCUCUCUCUCUCUCUCUUUCUCUCUCUGUGUAAGUGCUUCUUUUCCUACAUGCACCUGCAACUCAACCUCUAUUCCUUUCUCUCCUCAGCUUUCUCCUCCUCUUCUCUCCAAUAAUUACCAAUCUCUCUCUCUUUGUGAGGAUAGAGAAAAACUCCUCAUAUAAGUCCUUUGUGUCAGAGUGGAUUUUCAUUUUUUGGGUAUCUUUUGUCCUUCUAUCUCUUAAUUUGGUCCCCUUUGUCAGAAAACCAAAUCUUCUCUGACAUUCUUUGACACAAAAACAAGAAACUCAAAAACUCUCUCUCUCAAUCUUCAUGUCUCUUUUGAGAGAGAAACCUGCUAUAAAUCCUAAAUCCCUGAGACCCUUGUUCGCAAGGCGCUUCCUCAUGGCCUUGAUCACCUCCAAAAGAGUGAACAAGCGCAAGUCCAGCUUCUCUGCAAGAGCCAGAAGGAUCAAACAGGCCGCAGAUAUCAGCCUGGCUUCUGCAGCCAUGGCAUGCAACUCUAAGCACGCGUGGAGCAAGGCUGUGAUAAGGCGCAGCCACGCCACCUUGCGCCACCAUCGCCUUCUACGGCAACCGCAGGCAGAGGCGGCCGUCCCAAUGAAGGAGUUCCGCCGACCAAGCCGAGCCGACGCGCUUCGCCGGCUUAUGCCUGGCGGCCGGGGAAUGGGUUUCUGCAGGUUGCUGGAGGAAGCUGCUGAUUACAUCAGGGCCCUGAAGGCUCAGGUACAGGUCAUGCAGUGCAUUGCUGAUUCACUCGACCCUUGAAAUUUUAGUUGCUCUUUCUACAGAUCAAAAAGAGGAAAGAAAAACCAAGCAAAGAAGAAGAAGAAGAAGAAGAAGAAGAAGAACAGCAUGAAAAUUUUACUUAUAUGUAUACAUAUGGAUACAGGCCGGGAUACUUAGAGAUCUUUGAUCCUUGGAUUGGUUCAUGUAAAUUAGCAAUAAAUCUUAAUGGCAGCCGUUAGUGCUGUCAACACGAUACAACUCCCUACCUUUCUCUCUCUCGGUUUUCAUGUAAAUUGUGAUACUUGGUUAAUGAUAUAUUUGCUUUUCUUUCGGGAUAAAUGAACGUUAGUAUAUAUAUUACUUU